GAACAACAUAACAAACUUUUCUCAUGUCAUUACGCACUUUGUACUUUUAAAUUUCACCCGUGAGUUAUUCGAUUUAGCUAUUGAAAACUAUUACGUAUUACUGUAACUAAUAAUAUCGUCGAAAGCCUCUUAACAGUUACUGAAUUACAAUAAAAUCAUUACAGGACUUUUUACCGGAAAUCGCAGGGAUAGCACACCGAGAGGAGCAGCUUGGCGCCGGCUGCGACCGUAUACAAAAUAAUCUGGUUCAUUACACGAUUUCAGCAAACUACAAAAAUGAUUUGGCUGGACCGACUCAAGAAAAACUGGUUUCUCAUCGGUAUUGUCGUAGUCAUUGUAUUGGCUCGACUAAAUCCCCCACUGGGAAUAAAGGGCGGUCCAUUAAAACCUGAAAUCACUGUCAAGUAUCUGGCAGUGUCAUUUAUAUUCUUUAACAGUGGGUUGUCCUUAAAAACAGAGGAACUAAUGAGUGCCUUGAUGCAAGUCAAAUUACAUGUUUUUAUCCAGUGCUUUACCUUGAUGUUUGUGCCAUGUGUGGUAUGGCUUCUUGUACAGAUGUUAACGCUAACACCAAUCGAUCCAUGGCUUUUAAAAGGAUUGUUGGUUGUUAGUUGUAUGCCUCCUCCAGUGUCUUCAGCUGUCAUCCUUACAAAAGCUGUUGGUGGUAAUGAGGGUGCAGCUAUAUUCAAUUCAGCCUUUGGAAGCUUCUUAGGUAUUAUUGUAACUCCCCUUUUACUCUUACUACUGCUGGGAGUUUCUUCAGCAGUUCCAGUUUCAUCAAUAUUUUUACAGCUCUCUAUCACAGUAGUUGCUCCAUUAUUUAUUGGACAGUUUGUCAGACGUUUUAUAAAAGACUGGUUAGAACGGACCAAGCCACCAUUUGGUCAAGUUGGUAGUGGUAUGCUGUUACUAAUAAUCUAUACCACUUUCUGUGAAACGUUUUCAAGUACAAGUUUAGAUUUAGAUCGGUUUCAUCUACUUUGUGUAGUUUGUGUUGUUCUCAUUCUGCAACUAGGUUUAAUUUUAUUGACAUUUUUACUAUCUCGAAUUGAAAGAUUAGGAUAUAGUCCAGCCGAUACAGUGUGUAUUAUGUUUUGUGCAACACACAAAUCUCUCACAUUAGGUAUUCCAAUGUUGAAGAUUAUUUAUCACGGUUUUGAUCAUUUAUCACACAUCUCUAUACCACUAUUGAUAUAUCAUCCUACACAGAUACUCCUUGGUGGAUUUUUAGUACCUUUAAUCAGACAAUGGAUGACAAAUGCACAGAAUUCAAACAUUAGCGAUAUAUUAUAACGUUAUCCUGCUUGCUUCGGUUGGUGAUUUGUCUCAGGUUUGGGGAAG